CCAGCGUGCGGCGCGGAGACCCCGGCGGCAGGAUGCGCUGAGCCGCCCCCAGAGGAGGGGGCGCUGCUCCCGCUGGGCCAGAUGUCACACAUUAUAAAAAUACAUCUCUGGACUAGCACUGGGGAUCAAUUUGACUAGGUGUUAUGGCAAUUAAUGAAUGUCAGGAAGGUGCUAAUUAUCAUAUGCACAUACUCCUACUGCUUUCAAGGACAGACUGCUCAGAUAUCACGAUGGUAUUAUAAUGGAAUGGCAGCUGAGAAGAUGAGACGAUGAGUGAAAAGUGUGUCUUGGAGAUUGCAUGCAGUUCAUUUUCCUGGGUCAAAAGUGGAUUGGUUUGAGAACAAUAAUUAUGAGGCUGACAUGUAUGUUCUCCUUCAUCUUGCUGUUUGGAGCAGCGGGGCUUGUUGUCUUCAUUCAUCUGCAGGAUCCAGAAGACAUAGUUCAUCAGCAGACGCCAGGGAUAAAAUAUAACAGGGGACCCCAACAACCCAAAAAACAGGACUGCACUUCUAGCAACAAUCAGGAUGUAAGAAUAAGAAAAAAUUCUGUAGAGGCAUUAGCAAUGGAAAACCAGAGAAGUUCAUUAUACCCACCUGUGAAUGCACCUACUAAGCUUCAAAGUACAGACAGAAAACAAAAUAUAAUGUUUGUGAUGAAAGACUAUCAAAAAAAAGAUGCAGAAAUUAAUCCUAUUGGGCUCCACAAACGGCGAAGGAGAUUUGUAAUUAAGAAGAGCCCUAUACUGAUUGCUAUGAACAGUUCUUCUCUCAACCUGCCUAUGCUUAAAUCUGAGGACAGAAACAACAACAACUGGAAAAGUCUCUAUCAGAUCCAAAGAGAAAGAAAGAGAAUAAUGAGAGAUACUUGUUCCAAAUACAAGAGUAAUAACAGAAGGAUAAUCACUCCUUAUCACGUUUCCAGAAUAUUUGUAGAAGAUAAAUACAGAAUUCUAUACUGUGAAGUUCCAAAAGCUGGCUGUUCUAACUGGAAACGAGUGCUCAUGGUUCUCAAUGGGUUGGCUUCCUCCACAAAAGAUAUACAGCACAACACAGUGCAUUAUGGAAAUUAUUUAAAAAGGCUGGAUGGGUUUGAUCGCAAAGGGAUUUAUCACAGGCUCAACACUUACACCAAGAUGCUUUUCAUUCGCGAACCCUUUGAAAAGUUGGUAUCCGCAUUUCGGGACAAGUUUGAGCAUCCGAACAAUUACUACCACCCUGUUUUUGGAAAAGCUAUUAUUUCGAGAUAUCGUGUCAAUGCCUCCAAAGAAGCAUUAAGGACAGGUUCCGGAGUCAAAUUUAAAGAGUUCAUUCAAUAUCUUCUAGAUGUACAUAGGCCAGUGGGCAUGGACAUUCACUGGGAUCACGUCAACAGGCUUUGCAGCCCAUGUUUAAUAGACUAUGACUUUGUAGGGAAAUUUGAAAGCAUGGAAGAAGAUGCAAAUUUCUUCCUGCAUUUAAUUGGUGCUCCACAAAAUUUAACUUUCCCUAGGUUUAAAGACAGACAUUCCAAUGAAGAACGAACCACCACUAAAAUUACACAGAGCUAUUUUGCACAGCUUUCCCCUGCUCAAAGACAACACAGUUAUGAUUUUUAUUAUAUGGAUUAUUUGAUGUUUAACUAUUCAAAACCUUUUGAAGAUUUGUAUUAGAAAGUAAGAGACACUUCUAUUUCAUAUCAGCUGAAUUACAUAAUAGAUACAGGCUUUGGUACACCAAUACUCUAGAAGCACUCAUUUUCUAAGAAUAAUCAGUGGAUUCAUGUGACAGUAAAAACUGAUAGCUUUUCAUGUACAAAAUCUCAUUUUAGAAAAUUUACUAUAAAUAAAAAAAAAUUGACUUUUACGUUUGGCCUGAAAUAUCAAAGCAAAAUGGGAACUACAAAGUCCUUAUUCCUCCAUGUGGUAUCACCUAGAUGUUACCGUCUGUUUAGCAAAGGGUCAGUUAAAGAGCAUUUCCACAGCAGCAAAAAAUAAGUAAGAGCAUAAAUGUUUUACAAUUAGUGACGUUUACAGCUGCUCAACUUCCUCCUUUAAAUCAUAAUUUUUCUACCAUUUCUCCAUGUGAUAAUAUACAUCAAAGCUCUUAAAUAAAGCACAUGAUUUUCCAUUCUGGUGGUUAUUUGUGUUUGCACUGGAGAGUGGCAAGAAGAGUGGCUGAAGAGGUGGGGAAAGCAGCUGAAAUCCUGCGGUGGAUCCAAUAGUCUAUUAAAUUCCUAGCUGUUAUGAUGAGCUUUUCAAAAUACCACAAGAUAAAGAAAAAAGUGCUGUUUCAUUAACAGCUUUACAGUUCCUUGCAAUCCGCAAUGCAGGCAACCAUACACCAGGAAGGCCUUAUAAAUUUGAAGCUGGACACAGAGUUCUAAUUACUCUCUGUGAUUACCAAAUUAAUUACAAUAAGAGAAAAUGUAUUACAAUUACAGUACAAUGUUCAAACAUGUUCUAGUGAAAACAUUAAUACUUAAUGACCAUGUGAGUGCAGUGUUAAAGCAGAUGUUGCAAUUCAUAGAGUGAGGAUGUAUUGUCUCCCUUCCAUAUUCCCCUUAUGCCACAUUGAUCUUCAAGAAGA